AUGGGAAAGUGGACGCCCAGCUACACAGACGAUGUUCUGCAUGCAAAAAUAUCUACCUUAAUUUCCGGUGCCAUUCGGAGAGCGGCUGUCGAAAGAGAAACUACGUCAAUGACAUACGAGAACUUCGUCAGCGAUCUGGAAACGGGAGAUGCGUUCACCACAUCGCUCAUCGACAUCCUCGUAAAAGAAGUGUCAGAUAGACGCGCGCGCCCUGCUACUGAGCGGCGACUGAUAGCAGACCGCACAAUCAAGAGUUUGCGGCUCUUGGCCAGUAGUGCUCGCAUGCUCCCCGCCCGUCCCUCCGCCAGUCGCUCCCAUGCUCGAAGAACCGGUGGCUUGUCAGACUACCUCACUGCACCACCGUCUGAUUUCCACGAGAUGGAUGAAGAGGACGAUGAGUUUGAUUCGUUGAUGGACAAUGGUAACGGGGUAGAAGGCGCUAGAGUCAGCAAUGACCUGUACGAUGCCUUCGCCUCCAACCCACUCCCUUCGUGGCCGCCCCCGACCACCCGUAGGGUCACCGCGAGUCCGUCACCAGUCUCAGAUGAGUGGCAUCCCCCUCCUCUUCGUUCGCCGACCUCUGCCACUCGCCCUUGGUCGACGCUCGGCUCAACCUCCAUCUCCAACCCAUCCUUGUUGAGUCGUCAGGCUUCGAUCCGCCGUGCAGCACGAUCUAGAGUCGAUUUCAACGAGUACUCACGCGCACGCCGCUCGAAUCUGCGAGAUCCCUUGACGUCUCACCCAGAACCAGCGGAAACAGUGACAGAGCCCCGGCCUUCGUCUCAGCCUGGCCGACGCUUCUUCCCCUUCCCUCGUCCUCGCCGUAGCGAAGCAUCUGCGACUGCUCAUUGGGCCCUGGUCAACGAUGCGGACGAUGGGCCGCUCUUCACGCCACCGUGGUUGGACUCGGAUGCGCGGUAUCCUCCUGAACCUUUAACCACUUCUCCUGACAGCGAAGGCCGAGAUGACAACGAUACGCUCAUUAUUAGGGCACCUCGACUUCGUCGUGGUGGCGUUCGAGCACCAGAGUCUAUGCUAUCUCGGCAUGCCUCGCCUGUUGUUCCUGAAAACGCUCCCCCCACCCCACCCCCACAGCUAAAUCCCGAAACUAUUCCUGUUGUUCCAGCAAGCGAAGAGCCCGCUGCCUACCCAACUCCGGGCUCGACAGAAAACGAAAGCUUUGCUUAG